AUGGGAGACCUACCAUCGUAUCGGAUCAACCCAGCGCCAGUCUUCGAGAGGGUUGGGCUUGACUUUGCCGGACCAAUCUACGUCAAGCAAUCAGUUCGAAAGGCGACUCCGGUAAAGGGCUACAUCUGUGUCUUCAUCUGUAUGGUGACAAAGGCCAUGCAUCUGGAAGCCGUGGAAGAUCUGUCCACUGACUCGUUCCUUGCGGCUUUUCAACGAUUCGUGUCCAGACGAGGAUAUCCGAAGGAAGUCUUCUCCGAUAACGGGACCAAUUUCAUCGGAGCAAGGUCAGCAUUGCAGGAGCUCUAUCGGCUAUUCAAGGAGGAGACCACCCAGAACAAGAUCUUCGAGUAUUGCCAAGCAAAGCAGAUCGUUUGGAAGACCAUCCCCCCAAAUGCGCCACAUUUCGGAGGACUUUGGGAGGCCGGUGUGAAAAGUGUUAAAACAGUGCUCAAAAAGGUUUACCAAUCCACCUCCCUAACACUCUCCGGACUAUCCACCCUGUUGUGCCAGAUUGAAGCAAUCCUCAACUCGAGACCACUUUAUUCCCAAUCUAACGAUCCGACGGAACCUGAAGCGUUGACCCCUGGACAUUUUAUUGCCAACCGUCCACUAUUAGCAAUUCCCGAACCGUCUGUAGUAGGUAUCCCGACCAAUCGUUUGUCCCACUGGCAGCACAUACAACAGCUUCGCGAACACUUCUGGAAACGAUGGUCGAGAGAGUAUCUCACCGAAUUACAAGUGCGAGGCAAAUGGACCAAACAGAAGGUAAACAUCCAACCGGGAAUGGUUGUUCUCCUGAAGGAUGACAAUUUGCCCCCACAGUGCUGGAAUCUGGGCCGGGUAGAAAGGGUACACCCGGGAGCCUAUAACCUGGUAAGAGUGGUAGACGUUCGAACGAAAACUGGUACAUUUAGACGACCUAUACACAAGCUUGCGCCUUUGCCUAUUUUGGACAAUGAUCCAAAUUUCCAAACUUCCACUUUUUGCCGGGGGGAGAAUGUUCAGUUCGACAGCAGCCAAACUGAAGAAGCGUCUAGCAGUGGCGGCGACAGUUUGCACCACGAGAGCUCCGCCCAUCCAACCAACGACGAACGAACGACGACGACGAAGCGAGUGCUGAACAGCAAAGCGGCGAUAAUAAAAUUGACGGCCGAACAGCGACCAGCGUCAGUAUUCUUUCAUCCGUCGUCGAGAAAAUCACACAACAGCGAAAGCGAAGCCGAAGCGAAAGAGAACGAUUGGGUUCCACGUGCGGAUCGCAUGAUCCCGUCGACAGCAACGAACGACGGUGCGCUGGUAGCGUGA